AUGGAGUACCUGCAUCGAGUUCUUUACCCUCUGACUAAAAAUCCUGAUUUCAAAAUGCAUUCUAAAUGUGGCAAAUUAGGCAUUAUUGAAGUUAGCUUUGCAGAAGAUUUCCUUCUGUUUUCCAGAGGUGAUGCUACCUCAAUUGAUCUACUCAUGAGAGCUUUUGGCGAAUUCUCCAGGUCCACUGGUCUUUCUGUCAACCCAGCCAAGUGUAAUGCCUAUUAUGGAAAUGUUGAUGCACACUCGCAGCUUCAAAUUCAAAACAUCACCACAUUUGCAGAAGGCUGCCUUCCCUUUCGCUACUUAGGGAUCCCCCUCAAAAGCAAACGGCUAUCUAAUCACCAUUGCCUUAUCUUGGUUGAGAAACUGGUCAGCAGGAUAAAGCAUUGGAGCUCUAGGCUCUUAAGUUUUGCAGGGCGACACCAACUCAUCAAUAGUGUCUUAUUUGCUAUUACGAAUUUCUGGAUGCAGAGUUUAUUGAUCCCCAAACAGGUUCUGAAGAAGGUUGAGGCGAUAUGCAGAUCCUUCUUAUGGUCUAGGAAGGAAAUUAUUACCAGAAAAUCACCGGUUGCCUGGGAGAGAGUAUGCACACCCAAGAAUCAUGGAGGGCUUAACAUCAUCAACCUAAAGAUUUGGAAUAAAGUUACCAUGUGUAAGCUUUUGUUGAAUCUUUGUAGGAAGAGUGACAGCCUUUGGAUUAGAUGGGUGCACAGCUACUAUGCUAAGGGUAUUGAUAUCAUGGAGGUUCCAAUCAAACAGAGCUGCUCGUGGACACUGAAAGUUGUCCUUAGCUGCAGAGAUGAUAUAAAGGAUUCACAGGUCUGGGACAAUAUGUUGCGGGAUGUUAAAUAUAAUUCGAGGGCUAUGUAUGGAGAACUCAACGAUAGUAGCCAACAAGUGGUUGCAUGGCGGAAAGUGCUGUUUCAUAACAUGGCUAGACCGAGAGCGAUGCAUAUUUUAUGGAGAGCCUGUCACAAUAGUCUUACAACAAAUGAAAGACUGUGCAGAUUUGGAAUGCUUGCCAAUAUGGAAUGCUAUUUUGUGGUGCUAUUGAGACUUUGCAGCAUUUUCUCUUUGAGUGUAAUACUACGAAACUGA